UGGAUUAAGGCCAUGGUUGAAAUACUUCGGUUGUCUGUUUGUCAGCAGAAUGGGCAGGUCAAAUAAGCACUGAUAGUCAGUUUAAACAUUAACUUGCAGGACGAGAGUAGAGUUGACUGUUGGUGGCUGGACGUUGCUUUAUAAAGCCUGAUCUCUGUCUGUCUGCCUGUCUGCCUGUCACGCUGCACAGGAACAUCAGAUAGGCCUACCGAUAUGAGCAACUUCGGACAGAUCCUGAAGGAGAUCGGGGAGUUUGGUUUGUUUCAAAAACGUUUAGUGGCCACAUUAUGCAUCCCAAGCAUAUUUUCGGCUUACGACGUGAUUGGUCAGGUGUUUACAGGAAUGAGCUUUCCACAUCAAUGUAACACUGACUGGAUCUUGGCGCCUGGGCCGAACCUGACAGAUGACAGGCAAAGAAAUCUCACCAUCCCGAUGAACAAGGAUGGGAGGUAUGAAAGUUGUGAAAUGUUCACACCUGUGGAUUUGGAUUUGGCAACCAUUGAAGCGUAUGGGAUUAACAGCACAACUGGAUGCAUAAAUGGAUACGAAUUUGAGGCAACUGCCUCGACCAUUGUCACAGAGUUCAACCUGGUGUGUGACAGGAGCAGUCUGAUUGCAGCAUCCCAGUCCAUCUACAUGGCCGGGCUGCUGGUUGGAGCGCUGGUGUUGGGGCCGAUGGCUGACAGGUUCGGUCGGCGCGUCGUGGUCAUGUUCUCUCUUCUUUUCCUACUGUUGUUCGGGGUCGGUGUUGGUUUCUCACCCAACAUCUAUGUUUAUGUGGUUCUUAAAUUUUUAGGUGGCAUCUCCAUUUCAGGCAUCCUUGCUAAUGCAUUUGUGAUAGGUGGAGAGUGGAGUAAUGCGUCCAAGUUUGCAGUCUGUGCCAUUAUCUGCCACACUGCUUUUCCUCUUGGACUGAUCCUAUUGUCUGGCAUUGCAUAUUUGAUCCCCAACUGGAGGAUCCUGCAGAUGGUGCUCUUCACCCCACUCGUUGUGGUCCUGCCAAUUUUUUACUGGAUUCUUCCAGAGUCAGCUCGCUGGCUCAUCACCCAGGGCAGGAAGGAGGAGGCCAUAAAGGAGAUCCGGAAGGCAGCCAAGGUGAACAGGCGGAAGGUCCCCGAAGAUCUGCUGAACAAGCUGGAGACUGACGGUACAUCCAAAAGAGGAAGCAUGUUGGACAUCUUCAGGAUACCAUAUCUGAGAAAACGUUCAUUUAUAACAUGUUUUGUUUGGUUUGGAACAAGUCUGGUAUACUAUGGACUGAGCCUGAAUGUUGCCAAUUUUGGCCUCAAUAUCUACCUCACACAGUUCAUCUUUGGCCUAGUCGAAUUUCCUGCACGUCUAGGCAGUUUGGCUCUCAUCCAACACUUUGGAAGGAAAAUGUGUGAAGCAGGGGUCCUGUUUUUUGGAGGUGCAGCUUGUCUUGGUCUCCUUGCUAUUCCUAAAGACCUUCCUGUGGUGGCAACAGUCAUAGCUGUACUGGGGAAAUUUGCCGCCACUGCCAGUUUCUCAAUAGUCUAUGUUUACACUGCAGAACUGUACCCUACCACUCUAAGGCAGAAUGGUGUAGGUCUAAACUCUGUGUGUGCUCGUAUGGCGGGCAUCCUCGCUCCGCUGAUCCGGCUCCUGGGCGUCUUCCAUUACACCAUCCCCAUGCUCAUAUACGGCACCGUGCCCAUUGUUGCUGCAUGUUUGUGUUUAUUACUGCCUGAAACUCUCAAUGUUGAACUCCAGGACCACGCUGAGCUCAAAAAACCCGUGAAUGGGACAGAGAUGCACUCUUUUACUCAUGAGGACAAAUCAGGAAAGAGCACAAAAAUUUAUAAGCCACAUAUCAAUAUGAGCAACUUCAGGCAGGUCCUAAAGGAGAUUGGGGAGUUUGGUUUAUUUCAGAAACGGUUAUUAAUUGUAUUAUGCAUUCCCAGCAUAUUUGCUGCUUUUGACAUUAUUGGUCAGGUGUUUAUAGGAAUCAGCUUUCCACAUCACUGUAACACUGAUUGGAUCUUGGAGCGUGGGCCAAACUUGACAGAUGAGAGGCAAAGAAAUCUCACCCUGCCGCUGAACAAGGAUGGAAGAUUUGAAAGCUGUAAUAUGUUCACACCUGUGGAUUUGGAUUUGGAAACCAUCGAAGCGUAUGGGAUUAACACAACAACUGGAUGCCCAGAUGGAUGGGACUAUUGGACACCCAUGGGUGCUUCCAGCAUUGUGUCAGAGUUUGAUCUGGUUUGUGACAGGAGUGGUUUGAUUGAGGCAUCACAGUCCAUCUACAUGGCAGGUUUUCUGGUUGGAGUGUUGGCGUUUGGGGCAAUUUCUGACAGGUUUGGCCGACGCUUUGCAGUCCUACUCUCCCUCUUUCUCCUACUACUGUUUGGAGUGGGUUCUGCUUUCUCACCAAACAUCUAUGUUUACAUGGUCCUAAAAUUUGUCUGUGGGACUUCAGGAGGUGCCAUAAUAAUGAACACAUCUGUGGUGGGGGUGGAGUGGACUGGUCGCUCCAAGGCGGCUCUUUGUACAGUGGUUAUAAUCUCAUUCUUCUCUGUUGGACUGAUGAUGUUGUCUGGCAUUGCCUAUUUAAUCCAAAACUGGAGGAUCCUACAGCUGGUGCUCUGCAGCCCUCUUCUCCUUGUCCUGGGCAUCCUGUACUGGUUUCUCCCAGAAUCAGCCCGCUGGCUGAUGACGCAAGGCAGGAAGGAAGAGGCACAAAAGGAGCUCCGCAGGGCUGCAAGGGUCAACGGGAGGAAGGUCUCAGAAGAUCUGCUAGACAAGCUAGAGAUGGAGAGCACACCAGAAAAAAGAAACAUGUUGGACAUCUUUCGGAUCUCCUAUUUGAGAAAACGUACUCUCAUAAUGGGCUAUAACUGGUUUGCAACAAGUCUUCUGUAUUACGGACUGAGCCUCAAUGUUGGGAGUUUUGGCCUGAAUAUCUACCUCACACAGUUCAUCUUUGGAAUUGUCGAAAUUCCUGCAAACCUGAGCGCUUUGGCUCUUAUUCAACACUUUGGAAGAAGAAUAGUUCAAGCAGGCUUCCUGUUCUUUGGGGGUGCUGCUUGCCUCGUGGUCCUUGCUAUCCCGAAUGAUCUUUCAGCAGUGGUAACUACCGUAGCUCUAAUGGGAAAAUUUGCUGCUACUGCCUCUUUCAGCAUAGCCUACAUCUACACUGCAGAAUUAUACCCAACCAUUUUGAGGCAAAAUGGUGUAGGUCUAAACUCCAUGUGCGCUCGUGUGGCGGGCAUCCUCGCUCCGCUGAUCAGGCUCCUGGGCGUGUACCAUGACAUCAUCCCCAUGCUGAUAUAUGGCAUCGUCCCCGUUGCUGCUGGGGGUUUCUGUUUGCUACUUCCUGAGACCCUUAAUGUUGAACUUCAGGACCACACUGAAGUCAGAAAACCAGAGAUGGAGCCUACAGGGAACUAAGUCCACAUUAAAACAUUAAAAACCCCAAAACAAUUAGUUGACAUUAGUUUUUAUUACAUUGUAUUUUAUAAUUGGGUUAUUGUAAUAAAUACAUUCACACC